UGAUUUUGCAUUUCCUGGGCGAGAACUGUAUGUAAACAAUACAGUUCUCUCCCCUGUCAGCUCCCACACACUGCAUUGCAUGGCUCUGCACAGCAGUAUGCUUACAGUUGAAAGCAAAGAGACUUCCCACAGUAAAAUAGCACACAGUUAACCCUUUGAUCACCCCACAUGUUAACCCCUUCCUGCCCAGUGUCCUCAGCACAAUAUCAGUGCUUUUUAUUAGCACCGAUCACUGUAUUGGUGUCACUGGGGAUGUCAGUGACACCAAGUCAGUUCCCUCCAGUGUCAGAAUGCCCG